GUUUCGGCGGAGUGUGGCUGCUCGGCCGUGUGUUGCAUAAUCCUGCUUGUGCUUCUUAUUAUACGUCUAUAUACAAUACAGCCAUAUAUAUGUUAAAGGAGUGAACCGAGGCCGAGCUGUCAGCCUUCGUAAUCGCUAAACUAGCAUGCAUCUAGCCGGCAGGCCCUGUCUCCGCUUAGCUCGGCCAGCGCUGAGCGCCCUGUAUCACACCGAGAAGGGGGUCUACGGCUACAGACCCAGGGGAGCCGGUACCGAAGAGAAGCAACAGGAGACCGAACUCAGCUCCUCACUCACCCAAGAUCAUGGACUGGCACGGCUGGUCGAGGUGUAUCGGGAACACGGUCACAAGGCAGCUAAAAUUAACCCCUUACUCCCGGAAAAAGGCGUCGUCGACAUGGUUCCUGAAAUCAGCAUUUUGACCGAAACGCUUCGGGGUCCCUUCAACACCAGCGGCCUAAGGAAUUUUGGCAAGACAGAAGCGUCCCUUGAAGAUGUCAUCACUUACCUGCGCCAUACCUACUGCGGCCGAGUGUCUGUAGAGACCAGUCAGCUCCAGACGUUGGCCGAGAGGGAGUGGGUGGCCAACCGGUUCGAAGAGCUGAAGAAGGAGACGUUUUCUCCUGAGGAGCGCAGGCAGCUGGCCCGGCUAAUGCUACAAUCUCAGGAAUUUGACCACUUCCUGGCUACCAAAUUUGCCACGGUGAAGCGGUACAGCGCCGAGGGAGCAGAGAGCAUGAUGGGAUUUUUCUUUGAGCUGUUCCGCCUGGCAUCAUACAGCGGGGUGACGGACGUCAUCAUGGGGAUGCCCCACCGUGGGAGACUGAACCUCCUGACCGGGCUCCUGCAGUUCCCUCCUGAGCUCAUGUUCAGGAAGAUGAGGGGCCUGAGUGAGUUUCCUGAGAACUCCCCAUCCAUCGGGGAUGUCUUGUCCCACCUGACCUCCUCAGUGGAUCUGGACUUUGGGGCAGGGAAGCCUCUGCAUGUCACCAUGCUGCCCAACCCCUCCCACCUGGAGGCCAUCAACCCGGUGACCCAAGGCAAAGCCCGCGGCAGGCAGCAGGUCCGGCAGGACGGGGACUAUUCCUCAGACAGCAACGCCCAACCCGGGGACAAGGUCAUCUGCUUGCAGGUCCACGGUGAUGCUUCAUUCUCAGGCCAAGGCAUCGUUCCUGAAACAUUUACCCUUUCAAGCCUUCCACAUUUCAGAGUCGGUGGAAGCAUCCACCUUAUUGUAAAUAACCAAGUGGGUUAUACCACGCCGUCUGAGAGGGGGAGGUCAUCUUUGUACUGCAGUGACAUAGGUAAGAUGGUCGGCUGCGCCGUGGUCCAUGUGAACGGCGACGACGCAGAGGAGGUCUUGCGUGCCACGCGUCUGGCCGUGGAGUACCAGCGCCGCUUCCGGAAGGACGUGAUCGUGGACCUCCUGUGCUACCGACAGUGGGGCCACAAUGAGCUCGACGAGCCCUUCUUCACAAACCCAACCAUGUACAAGAUCAUCCGCUCCAGGAAGAGCAUCCCGGACACGUACGCCGACCUGCUGAUCUCAGAGGGCCUGAUGACGGAGGCGGAAGUCGUGGAGAUCAAGACGUCGCACUACAACAUGCUGAACGAGCGGCUGGCCAACAUGACGCUCUACAGUCCGCCGCCGACCAACUUGCAGGGCCGCUGGGGCGACCUGGUGGAGCCGCAGCCUCGCAUCACCACGUGGGACACGGGCCUGCCGGCACCGCUGCUGCAGUACGUGGGCGCCAAGUCCGUGGAGAUCCCCGAGGAGAUCCAGCUGCAUAGCCACCUCGGAAAGACGCACAUGCAGACCCGGCUUCAGAAACUGGAAGAGGGAACUAAGUUGGACUGGUCCACCGCUGAAGCCAUGGCGUUUGGGUCCCUCCUGUGUCAAGGGUUCAACAUCCGCAUCAGCGGACAGGACGUGGGCCGCGGAACCUUCAGCCAACGGCACGCAAUGGUGGUUUGCCAGGAGACCAACGACAUGUACAUCCCACUGAACCACAUCACGGCUGAGCAGAAGGCCUUCUUGGAGGUGUGUAACAGCCCCCUGUCCGAGGAGGCUGUGCUGGGCUUUGAGUAUGGCAUGAGCAUCGCCCUGCCCAAACUCCUGUCCAUCUGGGAGGCCCAGUUCGGGGACUUCUUCAACGGGGCACAGAUCACCUUCGACACCUUCAUCUCAGGAGGCGAGGCCAAGUGGCUACUGCAGAGUGGGCUGGUCAUCCUGUUACCUCACGGCUAUGAUGGGGCGGGGCCAGAGCAUUCCUCCUGCCGCAUCGAGCGAUUCCUGCAGAUGUGUGACAGCAAAGAGGAGGGUGUGGAUGGGGACAACGUCAACAUGUCGGUGGUGAACCCCACGACCCCAGCGCAGUACUUCCACCUGCUGCGGCGUCAGAUGAUCCGAAACUUCCGGAAGCCGCUCGUCAUAGCCUCGCCCAAGAUGCUGCUUCGCUUCCCGGGUGCUGUGUCCAGCCUGGCAGAUAUGGCCCCCGGGACAACUUUCCGUCCCGUACUCGGUUCCCCCUCCGUGAAUCCAUCCAGAGUCCAGCGGGUGGUGUUUUGCUCAGGCAAGCAUUACUAUGCCCUGCUGAAGCAGAUGGAAGCAUCGGGGGCAGCAGAGGGUACGGCGCUGAUCCGGUUGGAGGAGCUCUGUCCCUUCCCCCUGGAGGCCCUGCAGCAGGAGCUCAAAAGAUACAGCAGCGCCAAAGAGUUCAUCUGGAGUCAGGAGGAACCUCAGAAUAUGGGCCCCUGGUCUUUUGUGGCCCCCAGGUUCGAGCAGCAGCUGGCCCGGAAGCUCCGUUUGGUCAGCCGACCGCCCCUCCCAGCUCCAGCUGUGGGCAUCGGGACUCUGCAUCAGCAGCAGCAUGAGGGCAUCCUGAAAGCCACCUUUGCCUGAGGUACUCCUGUGCAGCGCCCCCUGCUGGACAUACAGCUGCCUGCACUACUCAGGGGCUCAAGCAGCCAGUAAGAUGUUACUAAAAGUCUGUGUCACUUGGACUGAGAAGCAUUUAAAGGUACUUGCUGGAGCAGAGGAAAAGUUUUAAAUCGAGGAUCAGGGAAGUUAAACAUUAAAUGAAACCAAGAGGAGGAUCCAUAUUGGGUCUCAUUUCCUUUUUGUGAAGAACUGAGAAAAAUGCUGAUUUGCUGCUGAAAGAAUUCAGCAAGUGUAGUUUUUAAAAACUGAAGUCUCAUAUCUUGAGGCAUUAAAUCAGGUCAGAUUCCAUCUCCAUACUGUACAGUGUUGUGCUUCCAUGUACGACAUAACCUGUGGUGAUCAGUAUGAAAUCGGUCUCUAUGAAUGUUUGCUUGAUGUUUUAAACACUAAAAAAGAAUCACCAGACCAAAAGGUCAGCACACCAUUUCUGGUCAUGUGACCAAUGGCAGAAUUUUACUGCAGUAAAUCUUUUAAAAAAAAUUAGCAUCAUUUGCCUUAAAAAUGGGUUGCAAAAUUAACAGCAUUACUUUGUUCAAAGGUCAAACUAGGCCCAAAUAGCAUGAUAAUUACAGUAAAAGUUAACUCCUUAGUAUUUUAAAGAUGCUUUGAAUAUAUGCACCUCAGGAUUUUUAUCGUAGUUUCUGUUUGAGUGAUUUUCAGUGUUUUUCCUUUGUUGUUCAGCACACAAGCAAAGUGUAUUAUUCUUUCCAUUGUGUGUAGUGAGUCAAGCUGCUUUGUUCAGAUGCAGAAAGUAGAGCCAAUGCGGGGCUCAGCAGUCACAGUCACAGUCGCUCUGCAGUGUGCUUUAGGGCGUGGCCAAACAGGUCCUCAGACCUAGACCUGUUCUCCAUGUAAUCCCUGCCUAUGAUGCUAUGGAAGGUGAGAAAUGUCUUGUUAUUUCACUUGUUGGAAAUAAAAAAAAAUUAAUAACUGCUGUUCAUCGCCU